AUGGCAAUCUAUCAUCAACUCAAUUUGCUGCUAUUACUUAGCUCACUUAUUGUUGCCAUUUCAGUGGCACAGCCAAUCAUAGAAUCGAAUCUAGACUGCAAUUUUGAAAAUGGAUUCUGUGCUUGGAAACAAAGUUUAAACGAUAAUUUUAACUGGACUCGUACCAAUUCAAGAAGUCCUAGUGUUGGUACUGGACCAGUUGGCGAUCAUACGACUGGAACAGGCUACUAUAUCUACAUCGAAACUUCGUUUCCCCGCCUUGUUAACGAAACGGCUAUCCUAGUCAGCCCAACCAUCAAUUCCAAUACUAAUGUUUGCUUCAAGUUUUGGUAUCAUAUGUUUGGACAAGAUAUUAAUAACUUGCAGGUCUUAACUACUGACCUUAUGGGAGGCCAACAAAAUGUAAUAUGGCAACGCUUUGGAACACAAGGCAAUGCUUGGAGACCAGCAGCUAUUACCUUAAAUACACCACAAAAUAUUACUAUUUCCUUUAAAGGGACGACAGGAACAAGUUUCAGAGGGGACAUAUCCCUGGAUGAUAUUUUUCUGGCACCUUUAGAUUGUCCAUACUCAGAUUACUGUGAUUUCGAGGGAGGACUUUGUGGAUACGCAGAUUUAACCAAUAAUCCUAAAUUUGUUUGGACUAUUGGAAAUGGUGGCAAUUCAUUCAAUGGAACUGGCCCAGCUACUGAUCAUACAACUUUAACAGCAGCAGGACACUAUAUGUAUGCCAGUACUAUGGAUCCAACACCUGGAAUGAGAACUCAAGUUAUUAGUGAUACUUAUGCUGCAACUCCAGCUAAUGGAACAUGCUUAGAAUUUUUCUAUCACUUAUAUGGCAAUCUAUCCGGUGCAAUUGAAGUGAAAAUCAGAAGUAACGGUGUUACCAGGGAUACUAUUUUUGAAAAAACUACCAAUCAAGGUAAUAUUUGGAAUCUUGGCUGGGCCACUAUUAUCAAUCCAAAUGCACCCUAUCAGAUCAUCUUUGAAGCUGUCGUCGGAGCUGGAACUUUCGGUGAUAUCGCUAUUGAUGACAUACGUUUCUUAACUGGUAAAUGCCCGGUUGCAGGGUCGUGUAAUUUUGAAGGAUAUUGCUCAUGGUCUAAUACUCAAGUCGGCGAUCAGUUCGACUGGAUAAUUAAUAGCGGAGGAACUCCUAGUUCCUUCACUGGCCCUACAAAUGAUCACACCUUAGGAACACCAGCUGGCCACUAUCUCUACUUUGAAGCUUCUAAUGCUGGUCAAGCUGGAGAAAAAGCCUGGUAUGUUAGCGAAAAAUUCGAUUCAAAUACUGGAAGAUGCCUAUCCUUCUACUAUUACAUGUAUGGUGCCACCGUGAAUACUUUAAGUGUCCUGAUGCAAGAAUUUGAUAGUAACAAUAACAAUCUAAGCUUAAUGACAUUAGGCGCUAUUUCUGGCAAUCAUGGAAAAAUGUGGGUAAAUGGCCAAGUUUUCAUUCAAACUGAUAAUUACUAUAGAAUCAUCUUCCAAGCUACCAUGGGCCGAGCUUUUACUGGAGAUAUCGCUGUUGAUGAUAUCACUUUCAAUGCUGGUAACUGUACUGCAAAUAUCAUUUCUUCAUCAAUAGCACCCACGGCUACCCCAGGUCCAAGUCCAUUUGAUUGCACCUUCGAGACUGGUCUAUGCAAUUGGGAUGCGAGUCUGAACAAUACUGUCUUGUGGGCACGAGGAAAUGGAACGAAAAAUAAUGUUGUGGUUAAGGAUCAUACACUAGGAUCACUUGAUGGUCAUUACCUCUAUGUGCCACGAUUGCAGAAUAUGGCUUAUUCCGCAAGCAUUAUUAGCGCUGUCUCAGUGCCAUCCACAUCUCACAUAUGCUUAGAAUUUUGGUAUCAAAUGAUUGGAGAAAAUAUUGUUAGCUUACAAGCUCGUUCUCAAACGACGAAUACCUCGACGUUGCUAUGGUCAAGGACAGCAUCGGUGGGCUAUGGAUGGAGCCAUGCUCAAGUUUCUGUCAUUAAUGACAAUCCUUAUAAUAUUUCCUUUGUAGCAACGGUCAAUCAAGGCUAUACGGGGAUCGUUGCCAUCGAUGAUAUUCGAGUUCUAUUGCAUUCUAAUUGUCCACCUGCUAUCACUUGUGAUUUCGAAGGAAGUAGUUGUGGAUGGGUCAAUACAUUUGAUGUUACUUUCUUCUGGAUUCGAGCUACAAGUGAUUUUAAUAUCGUCCAUAGCCAAACUGGACCAAAAUAUGAUCAUACUCUUGGAACUGCUACUGGCCAUUUCAUGUACUUUUGGUCAGCCAUUUCUUUCCUGAAUGAGAAAGCACGCUUUCAAAGUCCACAAUAUCCAGCUACCAAUGGUAAUAGUUGCUUCUCAUUUUGGUAUCAUAUGCUUGGCCGAGAAGUAGGUAGUUUCAAUGUCUACGUCAAGGUCGACAAUAAUAUUGGCAUGCCCAUAUGGACGAGAAUGGGUACACGUGGAGAUGUAUGGCGAUUUGGUCAAGCCACCGUCAAUAGUGCAGGUAAACCAUUUAAUAUGGUCAUUGAAGGUACGGUUGGAAAUGGAUUCGCUGGAGAUAUGGCUUUCGACGAUAUCUCAUUAGUCAGUGGUUCAUGCCCAUCAUCUAAUGUUUGUACCUUCUCAUCGCUUUGUACAUGGAUUAAUGCUGCUAGCCAAGUGACUGACAAAUGGACAGUCAUACCAGCAUUCCUUGGCUCAACAUUUGCUGGACCGACAUUAGAUAAUACGAAUGGAGGUACAUCUUCCGGCCAAUAUGCAGUGGUCAAUAUGACAGCGUCUAUGAGCCAAAAUUCAUCAGCACGCUAUAUAAGCGAUGAACAAUCUCCAACAGCUGCAUCAUGCUUUACCUUUUCCUAUCAAAUGUAUGGUAAUUCUCCCAUGCUCAAUGUCUACUUACAAGAGCUGUAUACAGGCACUCCAAUCACUAAAAUUGUUGGCCAAGUACAAAAUGGAACUAGUUCAUGGACAAUGGGUCAAGUAAGCAUUACUGCCUUAGCAGAAUAUCAAAUUAUUAUCGAAGCUGUAGUAGCUGCUGGCACUCAAGGGACAUUCGCUAUUGAUGAUUUGCAAUUUAACUUUGGCAAUUGUUCAGGAUCUACAUUACCUGCUCCUUCUAUUUCUCCUGUCGCUCCACCCACGAAUAGCUGGGGUUGCAGCUUUACUUCCGGAACAUGUUACUGGUCUCUCCUUAAAAAUACAACAGCCCAGUGGGUUAGAACACGUGGAUCGCUUACUUCUACAGGGCCCUCCAAUGAUCAUACUACGGGUUCAGGCUUUUAUUUGUAUGUACCGAAUAAAUCCUAUCCAGUCAAUGCAACUGCCGUUGUACAAGGGCCAACGAUUACUCCAACUACUGCGUUAUGCAUGAGCUUUUACUAUCAUAUGUAUGGACCAAGUGUAGGUACAUUACAAGUUUAUGGCCAUGCAACGCAAGAUACCCUCAUUUUUCAAAGAAGCGGCUCACAAGGCAAUUUAUGGAGACAUGGACAAGUUACUGUAUCAAGUUCUAGGCCAUUUCAUACCAAAUUUGUGGCUAGCAUCAAUAGCAAUUAUUACGGAGAUAUUGCAAUCGAUGAUAUUAAAUUUACCCCUGGAUUUUGCGCUCCCUCUAAAAUGUGCGACUUCCAGAGUGGUAGUUGUGGAUGGUUUACAGCACCUGAAUCCGAUAUACCUUGGUAUCGAACAAGAGGAUCAACAUCAUCCAAUUUUACAGGCCCAUCCAUCGAUCAUACCACAUUAUCCCCACGAGGUUGGUAUGCCUAUGUCGAAACUUCACGUCCAUAUAUUGCUGGACAGAAAGCACGAUUACAAAGUCCGUUCUAUCCCCCAACCCCAUCCAAUGGUGAAUGCUUAACAUUUUGGUAUCACAUGUAUGGUGCCCAUAUUGGCCAACUCAAUAUCUAUAUUAAGCAAAAUAAUCAACUUGGCAAUGCAAUCUGGAGCCGUGGCACCAACUUUGGCGAUAAAUGGAUAUACGGUAGUGUCACCAUUAAUUCCAACAUGACUUAUAGGAUUGUCUACGAAGGUAUCGUUGGAAUAGGCUUCCGAGGUGAUAUGGCAUUAGAUGAUAUUUUAAUCGAUAAUUCUGGGCCAUGUCCACCUCCAGCUAAUUGCAAUUUUGAAUCAUCGUUAUGCCGAAAAUCAUGGGUUAAUGAUGCUAAUAAUAAUUAUAAUUGGAUUCUUGGCAAACCAAGUACUAACACCGUAUAUAAGGGACCACCAAGAGAUCAUACAUUCAAUACAUCAUCGGGUAGUUAUAUGGUUGUUGAUCAAGCAUUUGCAACAGCUGGUCAACAUGCUAGAUUAAUCAGCAGAGCUACUCUUCCACCAACCCAAGGAAUGUGUUUAACCUUUUACUAUUGGUUUAACAAUGCAUCAUCAUUUGUUUUAACAGUGAAUCUCAGAACAGGUUCGACAGAUCAUCCUGUUGGACAAUUACAAGGUAUUUAUCAAACCAAUGGAUGGCAAAUGGCGUCUGUUAACGUUCACAGUUCCUUCCAGUAUAAAAUUGUUUUCGAUGGUGUACUUGGAGUGGCAAGCUCUGGCUAUGUUGCUCUUGAUGACAUCAUGCUGAUGAAUGGACCUUGCCAAGGAAGUAAUAUUCCAACAGUCCUUCCACCAACACCGACAACCAUUUCUACCGGGUAUGGAUGCAACUUUGACAAUGGCACAUGUGGCUGGAUGCAAUCAACCAAUGAUAUCUUCAAUUGGACUCGUAAUGAUGGCCCAACACCAAGCUUUGAUACUGGACCAUCUACAGAUCAUUCUGGCACUGGCUACUACAUGUAUAUAGAGACAUCAUUCCCACGCCGUUUAAAUGAUAAUGCAAAACUUGUUAGUCCUGUUAUUAACGCGCUAACAUCCAACCUACAAAAUUAUUGCAUGAUAUUAUGGUAUAAUAUGCAUGGAGCAUCCGUUUUCCUACUAAAUAUCUAUACUCGAUCAGUAAGCGAAAGCAGGUCUGUUCUUCUAUGGACUAGAGGAGGAGAACAAGGACUUGAUUGGAAGUAUACAGCUAUUCCCUAUCAAAGUUCGACUUCGUUCCAAUUUAUUAUCGAAGGUGUAGCUGGUAGGGACUAUCGCGGAGAUAUCGCUAUCGAUGAUAUCACUAUUAGUAAUACUACAUGCCCUGUACAAGACGUUUGCACUUUUCAGAAUGACUUGUGUGGAUGGCGGCAAAUUACAAAUGAUCAAUUCAAUUGGACAUUAGGUAGUGGUAAUACACCAAGCGAUCAAACUGGCCCAAGGACGGAUCAUACAACUGGUACUGCCCUAGGGAAAUAUUUGUAUAUCGAAACUUCAUUGCCAAGACGUCCAGAUGAUCGAGCACGCAUUAUUAGUCCAGAAAUUUCACCAACUAUUGCUCGACCAAAAUGUUUAAAUUUCUGGUAUUUUAUGUUUGGCCAAACGGUUGGUAGUUUAUCAGUUUAUAUCAUUAAAAAUAACAUUAUUAGCCAGCCUAUAUGGACAGAAUCAGGUAAUAAUGGAGAAAGGUGGUUGCCAGGUCAGGUGCCGCUCGAUAGUAAUAUGCCGUUUAGAGUAGUGAUUGAAGGAACUGUUGGUCAAGGCUACCUUGGUGAUAUCGCCAUUGACGAUGUGGAUAUCAGCAAUGUCCCAUGCCAGACACCAGGAAAUUGCAAUUUUGAAAACGGCUUGUGCACAUGGAUUAAUGAUCGAAAUACCGAUCAAUUUGAUUGGAUUCAAGGACGAGGAAGUACACCAUCAUUUAAUACUGGCCCAACAAGUGAUCAUACCUUAGGCAAUCGAUAUGGCACUUAUCUCUACCUUGAAGCUUCUAGUCAACAACAAGGUGAUGUUGCACGCUUGAUUAGUCAAAAAUUCCCACCAACAACUUCCCGUUGCUUCAGUUUUUGGUACCAUAUGAGUGGAGCAGCUGUUGGAUCAUUGUCGGUAUACGUCGAUCAGGGAGAGAAUAAAAUACUUAUUGGACACUUAAAUGGCCCUCAAGGUAAUCAAUGGAAGAAUGGCAAAGCUACAAUUAGCAGUUUUGCUCCUUAUAAUAUCAUUAUCGAAGGCAAGCGUGGUGUAACAUUUUCUGGUGACAUUGCAAUUGAUGACAUCACCUUGACAGGAGGUGCUUGCACUGGUACUGUGCUGCCAACAUCUGUUCCAACUCCACUUCCAACUUUCCCUGCUGGUGAAUAUGGUUGCGAUUUCAAUCAAUCCUACUGUCGAUUUACACAAGCAAGCUCAUCCAAUUAUAACUGGACAUUAACGAAAGCUGGUGCUACGGUUACUUAUGGCCCCAAGGCGGAUCAUAAAGGUACUGCAGGUUCUUAUGUUUCUGUCAGGACAUUAUCUACUGCUAACGCUACUGCAGUUCUACAAGGACCUAAAGCUAGUCCAACUGGUAGGACUUGCUAUAGUUGGUGGUAUUACAUGUGGGGAUCCAAUGUACAGACAUUAAAUGUCUACUUGACUUCUUAUGUCAAUAAUACUAAAGGAAUUUUCAUGCUGUUCAAUGAUAAACUACAACGGCCAAUGCUAGGGGAAUAUGGAAAGGCAAAAUCAUGUCGAUACGACCCAAAAAUGAAAAUCAAUUUGCCAAUCGAUUACUACAAGGAGAAUGAAUUGAAAUCAAUUCAUCUGGCUAGGGUAAAGGAUGUACAAGGCGAUCUAGGUCCCACAACAUGGAUGACAACAGAGUUUAAUGCUAUCCGUAUACAACAUCGUGGAAAUAAAAAAGAAUCAAGUGACAACUAA